GGCCUCCCACCGCGCGGGGGCGCCUUCUCCGGUGUGUGGAGGCGGAUGAUGUUUUGUUUAUUGAGUUUACUUCCUGUUUCUGCAGCUCAUCGCGGUAAAACGUUUAUAACUUCUACUUCGUCUCAUUCUGCAGAACUUUGGGCUAAGUUCUGGUUCCGACCCACUUCUCUGGAGCUCCAGGUUGUCGCAGGCACGAACAGAGUCUGCUCCGAACCGGAGAACGCCCUCAGCCAUGGAGUCUGAGAACCCAGGAGUAGCAGACGGAACCGAACCUGCAGUUGAAUCCAACGAGCAUGAUUACGCACACACCGCGGACACAACCGAACCUAAUGCAGGCGGAACGCUGCAGCCCCCCGAACCACCGCAGUUUGAGCUCCCAGAACCCGUCCUCGGUGCAGAAGUGGACUGCCCCGGAGGCACAGAACCGAACCCUCACACCGAGGUCGAGCCUGCUGUGAGCUGCGCUGAGGCGGUACCGCGUGGCGGUUCGCGGCGGUCCAGACGGCCGGAGGACCGUAACUGCUGUUGCUGCCGGCUGCUGUUCCAGCGGCAGGGCCGCUCCCUUAACCGCAGGGCGGUGUUCACCUUCACUACCCCGGACACCGUCCGCUGGGUCUUCCCGGACUCCGAGGUCCACGAAAAGUCCUUCCUGUGUGAAACCUGCGCCCAGAUCAUCCGAACCAAGGGGAAGCGCAAACAGAGCGGGAAGCGCUCGCUGUGGGUCAAGCCUCCCGAGGUCAGGAAGGCGAAGGUGUCACCGGCGCCGGGCCGCAGGAUGGGUAAGAAGAGCAAAGCGGCGCUGCUGGUUAGCAAGUCCAGCUACAAGGCGGCGCUGCAGAUGCUCUGGUCGUCCAAAGGUGCCCGGAAGCCCAUGCUGGAGUUCUGGAGCAAGCAGCUGCGGACCGAGAUGAAGGUUCUGGCCCGGCGGACGGACAGUCCCUUCCAGCAGAAGGUGUCAGACCGGAAGCCGCUGUCCUCCUUCCCGUGGCGGCACUGCCUGAGCUGGGCCCAGCAGAACGCGCCGCUGGUCACCACCUGCCUGCGCGCCAUGUUCCCCGACAUCAACACACUGUACCGGAGCAGCCACAGCCAGCUGACUGAGGAUCAGGCCAUCACGCUGCUGGAGCGCCGCGCCGUGGUGGCGCUCGCCAUCCCGCUUUUCACCAGGAACAUCUGGAGGAACAACUUCCUGCAGGCGGCGCUGGGGGCGGAGCUCCGGCUGCAGGGCUGCACCGGAUCCGUCCUGGACGCGCUCAACACCAUGGGGCUGUGCCAGAACAAGGACACGGUCCGGCUGCUGGUGCAUCGGCUGUGCAACGGCAAAGACCUGGACGGGGAUCCAGGUCUGAUCCUGAAACACGAGCAGCUCAAGGAUGAAAUGGAGGAAGAGACGACAGAUGAAGAAGAGGAAGAGGAGCAGCAGGAGGAGGAGGAUGAAGAGGAAGAUGAGGAGCAGGAGGAGGAGAUGGUGAUGGCGGUGGAGGAGGAAGUGGAGCAGGAAGAAGUUCAGGAUGGACUGCAGGAGGAAGGGGAAGAUGCGGUUGUGAUGGAGAAAGAGGAGCGGAGGAGGAGGAAGAGGGAGAGGAAGAUGAGGAGGGAGAAGAGGAAGGAGCGGCGGGGCGAGCGAAAGGAGAGAGAGGAGGAAGAUGAGGAGGAUGAGGAGGAGCUGGAGCAGAAGAAGAAGAAGGUGGUGGUGGUCCGGCUGGGCCUGCUGAAGGGAACCUCAGAGGUGGGACGAUCCGACCUAUCAGCUCCCUAGCACAUGCUAAGCCCUGCCCACAAACCCAACCUGGAGCCGCAGAGGCCCCGCCCACUGAUGAGAGGGAUUCUGGGAACUGUAGUCCAGCAGCUGGGGGGAAAACUGAGAGGGGCCCUGAUGAUGAUGGUCUCCUUCCUCUACCUGAAGAAGCCACUGGUCCUUCCUGAGGUCAGAGGUCAGCUGGUGAAUGUUGACAGUUCUAACGUCUGUAGCUUGUUAUGAGGACAAUAAAGUGAUCUGAAGCUUUUUAUUGGCUCUUCAACACAAAGGUCAAAAGUCAAGGUUCACUAGCCUCAUCCACCAGUGGGACCAACUUCAGCCUGACAGGGGUUCAGGAAGGUCAAAGGUCAGGCUCAACCCCAUUCUUUCAGUCUGGAUAAAUAAAUUAGGGAAAUGACUUUAAAUGCCUCCUUCCUUCUGAUAUACGCUAGUCUCCUUCCUUUUUUCUUAUGUUCCCUAGUCUCCUUCCUUCCUCUUGAUGAUCCCUAGUCGUCUUCCUUCCUUGUGUUCUACCUUCUGCAUCUCCUUGUUUCCUAAGCUCGUUAAACCUCCUCCUUUCCUUUCUUGGGUCCUGCCUCCUGCCUCUAUCCUCUUCCUUCCUGUUUAAGACCGUCUGCUGAGGAAAUAAUUUUCCAUAAAUUCACCAUGAUUUUUCAUAUCUGUUGUGUUCCGGCUCUUUACUCCGGGCGCCUCGUCGCCCCGGGACGGUGCUCCUGAACUCCCGGGAUCAGAACGCUUGGAUAUCCUCAUUUUAAUUAAAUGUAUUAAAAGUAUUUUUGCUUCUGGAAAGAGAAAUAAAAUAAAACUCAAGAAAAUUGU